AUGCGCAGACCAAGGCUUAAGAGGUCUCCGUCCUCUAAGUACACCACACCCGAACACAUGAUGCCGAUUAUGUUGAGUCCCUCGCGGGAGUCUUUCCGUGAACGGAAUACGGGCUUUCCAGACGCCUUCUGUGGCACCCGGAACACAUCACUCCCGCACCCUGAAGCGAAUUUCGGGCCCGAUGCCUGCCUCACCGAAGACGAUAUCAACCCGGCCCGGGCUCUGCAUCGAUACCGCGAGUCUUUCAUGGCCCGGCAGGCCGCCAGCCGCACCUCUACCAUCGAGGAGAACUCGCCGAACCCCCCAGAAGAGAGCACCUUCGCCACGAUCAGGCAGAUGGCCAUCAACUCGAUUAUGCCAUCAAGGGAUGGUGAUUCCGAAGAGUCGAGCGACGGACUGAGCAGCCAAGACCCAGAGUCUCCCCGGCAUCGCGGCACAGAAUUUGACCGCCCACCCACCGCUAAGGUCGACCCUCGGGAGUCUGAAGCACAGGAUCCUCGAAAGGGCCGGCGACGCAGGAGGAGCAGCUUUUUGGGCAGGUUCAUCCACCGCUAG